UCUCUCUCUGUCUUCGUCUCUGCCCCCCACAGUGCUCCACCGCCCCCCGACCCCCAUCCCCCCGUUUGUGUGUUUGCUCGGGAUUUCUGGUUCAGGUUCUGAUUGCACGUGUGUGUGCGUGUGGUGUGCCUAUGUAUCUGUGCUGUUGCUGCAUCUUCGUCUGCUCAAAUAAAAAAAUCACGAAUGCAACUGCAACGUUUUUGAAAAUCAAACGAAAAGCCGCCAGCUAAAGUCCAAUUUUGUUACUCAGUGUUUUAAGUAUUAAGUAGUGCAAGCAGCCGACAAACAAAAAGUACAUAUAUCAAAAGGAAAAACAACAACAUCGAAUGCAGAGCAACUGAAGCGCAAACACACACAAACAAACAAGCAGUAGGGAUUGUGAGAGCGAGAUAGAAAUAAACUAGGCAUAAUUUAUAGCGCACACAAAAUAAAAAAGAAGGCUAAUUAUAAGAGAAAAGUGUGCGACUCGGAAUCGAUAAAUAACGGGACUAAAGGAGUGAGAGGUGAGCCGGGAAAUUUGUUUGGAACAAACGGUAUAUAAUACACAACAGCGAAGAAGAAGAAGUGGGAGGGGAAGAACAACAACAAGCAGCUGUGAAUCAGUCCGUCCCGCUCCCCCACGCCCCCCGCUUGCUGCUGCUGCUGCUGCUUCCUCUUCCUACGCCGGAUAUUCGGAUUUGGAUUCGGAAUCGGAUUCGGAUUUGGUUUUCGGUUGGUUUUCCAAUUCGGACUCGUUUACCCACAACAUGAGCCCGCCCAUCGUCACGCGACGGAGCGCGCAGCAGGCCAAGAUUCAGACGCGGGCAAUGGCCAGUAAGUCGAAGGGAGCGGCGGGAGCGACGGCGGCGACGGCGGCCGGGGUGAUCGGCGGCGGCGGCGGCUCCUCUGCCGGCGGCGGCAGCGGCGGUAUCAGUGCCGCCGAUCCGCGAAAGGCGAACAAACCGAGCGCAGCGCUCUUGGAGGCGAAACGUCGAGCGCGGAACAUGCUCAAGAACCAGAGCAACGUCAUGCAGGAGUGCGUCACGGAUAUAUUCCAGAAUGCUGUCGAUUGCAAGGGCGCUGUGCGAAAGCCCACGGCCCUCAUCUACGACGAGUCGAUGAGCCAGCACUGCUGUUUGUGGGACAAGGAGCACUACGAGUGCCCCGAGCGCUUCACACGCGUCCUGGAGCGCUGCCGCGAACUGAAUCUGGCGGAGCGCUGCUUGGAGUUGCCCUCGCGAUCGGCCACCAAGGAGGAGAUUCUGCGGCUGCACACGGAGGAGCACUUUGAGCGCCUGAAGCAGACCUCGGGGAUUCGUGAUGACGAGCGCAUGGAGGACCUGAGCUCCCGCUACGAUUCAAUCUACAUUCAUCCGUCCACAUUCGAGCUUUCCCUGCUGGCCACCGGAUCCACCAUCGAGUUGGUGGACCAUCUGAUCGCUGGAAAGGCCCAGAAUGGCAUGGCCAUCAUCCGGCCGCCGGGUCAUCAUGCCAUGAAGGCCGAGUUCAAUGGCUAUUGCUUCUUCAACAACGUGGCCCUGGCCGCCCAGCACGCCCUGGAUGUCCACAAGCUGCAGCGCAUCCUGAUCAUCGACUACGACGUCCAUCAUGGACAGGGAACGCAGAGGUUCUUCUACAACGAUCCCAGGGUGGUCUACUUCUCGAUCCAUCGCUUCGAGCACGGCAGCUUCUGGCCGCACCUGCAGGAGUCGGAUUACCAUGCCAUCGGAUCGGGAGCGGGCAGGGGCUACAACUUCAAUGUGCCCCUGAAUGCGAUUGGGAUGACGAACGGCGAUUACCUGGCCAUUUUCCAGCAGCUCCUGCUGCCGGUGGCCCUGGAGUUUCAGCCGGAGCUGAUUAUCGUUUCGGCUGGCUACGAUGCGGCCCUCGGUUGUCCGGAGGGCGAAAUGGAGGUGACGCCGGCCUGCUAUCCGCAUCUGCUCAAUCCCCUCCUGCGACUCGCCGACUCGCGGGUGGCCGUCGUCCUGGAGGGCGGCUAUUGCCUGGACUCGCUGGCCGAGGGUGCCGCUUUGACCCUGCGCUCCCUGCUCGGCGAUCCCUGCCCCCGACUGGUGGAGGUACUGCCUCUGCCGCGUCCCGAACUCACGCAGGCGCUGCUCAGCUGCAUUGCCGUCCAUCGGACGCACUGGCGCUGCCUGCAGCUGCAGCGAACCUAUGAUUCGAAGGAGUUGCUCGACCAGGAGAAGGCUCAAACGGACCUACACAAGCUGCUGCGCCUUUGGAUAGGCGGACCACCGCCAGUGGAUCGUUAUCCCACCAGGGAUACUGCUAUUCCUCUGCCCCCCGAGAAGCUGGCCAGGAAUGCGGCCCGUCUGCAGGUCCUCCGCACCGAAACAAAGCUAUCGUUGCCCGCGGUGAGAGUCUGCUACUCGUACGACGCCCAGAUGCUGCUCCACUGCAAUCUCGACGAUCCCGGCCAUCCGGAGCAGCCAUCGCGCGUCCAGCACAUCCACAAGAUGCACGAGGAGUACGGCCUGCUGGCCAGGAUGAAGCAGCUAGCGCCGAGGGCGGCCACCACCGAUGAAGUUUGCCUGGCCCACACGCGAUCGCAUGUGAAUUCGGUGCGUCGACUGAUGGGACGCGACCCGGAGGAACUGCAUCGCGUGGCGGCGGGCUACAAUUCGGUGUAUCUGCAUCCGCGCACCUUCGAUUGCGCCACCUUGGCCGCCGGCGCCGUGCUCCAGGCGGUGGACAGUGUGCUGCGCGGCGAGUCGCGGCACGGCAUCUGCAACGUUCGUCCGCCGGGCCAUCAUGCCGAGCAGGAUCAGCCGCAUGGCUUCUGUAUCUUCAACAAUGUGGCCAUUGCGGCGCAGUAUGCUAUCAGGGAUUUUGGUUUGGAACGUGUGCUUAUUGUCGAUUGGGAUGUGCAUCACGGCAACGGGACGCAGCACAUCUUCGAGGCGAAUCCCAAGGUGCUUUACAUAAGCCUUCAUCGCUACGAGCAUGGAGCCUUCUUUCCCAAGGGACCCGACGGCAACUACGAUGUGGUGGGCAAGGGAGCCGGACGGGGAUUCAAUGUGAAUAUACCCUGGAAUAAGAAGGGCAUGGGUGAUUUGGAGUACGCUCUGGCCUUCCAGCAACUGAUCAUGCCCAUUGCCUACGAGUUCAACCCGCAACUGGUCCUGGUCUCCGCGGGCUUCGAUGCGGCCAUCGGCGAUCCGCUGGGCGGCUGCAAGGUGACGCCCGAGGGCUACGGCCUGCUCACCCAUUGGCUCUCUGCGCUGGCCGGCGGCAGGAUUGUCGUCUGCCUGGAGGGUGGCUACAAUGUAAACUCCAUUUCGUAUGCCAUGACCAUGUGCACCAAGACGCUACUGGGCGAUCCGGUGCCGACGCCCCAGCUGGGUGCAGUGGCUCUGCAGAAGCCGCCGACGGUGGCCCAUCAGAGCUGCGUGGAAUCGCUGCAGUCGUGCCUGGAGAUUCAACGCAGCCACUGGCGGAGCUUGGAGUUUGUGGGCCGACGGUUGCCGGCCGGCGAUUGUGUGGGCGAGAAUAACAACGAGGAUUUUCUUACCGCCUCCUUGCGACAGUUGAAUAUCUCAAAUGACGACGCACCGGGGGCGGCGGGCGGCGCGGCCGGCGAUCGGAACGCUUGCGGCGAUGAGCGGCCCAGCGGCAGCAAGCCCAAAGUCAAGGUAAAAACGCUCACCGAGUAUUUGGCCGAGAACAAGGAGGCCCUCGAGCAGAAUGAGAUGUUCGCCGUGUAUCCGCUCAAGACGUGCCCGCAUUUGAGUCUCCUGCGACCGGAGGAGGCGCCGCAAUCAGCAAUAGACAGCGGGGCGGCGUGCAGCGUUUGCGGAUCGACGGGGGAGAACUGGGUGUGUCUGGGCUGCCGGCUGGUGGGCUGCGGUCGCUACAUGGGCGGCCACAUGGAGCUGCACUCGGCGGAGGCACAGCAUCCGCUGGCGAUGAGCCAGGCGGACCUCUCGGUGUGGUGCUAUGCGUGCUCCUCGUACGUGGAUCAUCCCCGCCUGUAUGCCUAUCUCAAUCCGCUGCAUGUGGACAAGUUCCAGGAGCCGAUGGCCUGGACACAUGGCUGUCCGCGGCGUGAGGAUGGCUGCUAUCCCUUGGGAGCCGACGGUCGGGAUGAUGAUGAGGAUUUGGCCGGGAGCAGCGGCCUCUGCCUGCGGCUGGAGCGCAACAACUGACCCUUGGCCAUCCGCGUGCUGGACGCCCUCACGGACUACAUGUGCACGCUCUGCCCGCCGCUCAGACACCUCAUCCAGUUCCUGGCCGAGCACCUCUGGCCGCUGCUGGAGCGCAUUUACCUAAACCUCCUGCACUACUUCCUGGCCCAUUGAGCCAGUGAAUCCUUCUCCCGCAUCCCAGAUCCUCCUGCAUACCAGUUGCCCUAAACUAAAUAUAAACAAACAAAAGAUGAAGGAAAUUAUUGUUAAUUCGGGAGGUGCCACUUGGCCAGGCGGCUGCCUCCCCAAAUUUAUACAAAUAAAAAUUGUUAAUGUUAUCAACUAAUGAUUUAAUAAAGACUUCGAGUGUUUUUCGAGUGUAUUUUAGCCGACAAACUGGUUAAGCUUUGA